AAACCCUCCGCGACCCUUUUGUCCCGGAGUCCACACAGAUUCCACCUCGGCGCGCGGAAAAGAUUGACACUCCUCCCGCGCCUAAUGGCAAGCUCCAGAGGGGCAACGACGCCCGGGAUCAUGAUGGUGGACCCAACGGCAAUCUCCCAGAUGUGUGUCCUGCGAGCGCGAAUAAAGUGGCGAAUCUUUCACCUCCUGAGCCUGUACUUUCCACCCCCGUAG